AUGGUUCGAUUCGGAGCCCAGCCUGUGCCGCAGCCGCUCCCCUGGGCGCCAAGUGUGUCCGGAGGAGGAAGCGAUACCACCCGGGCCGGGCAGGGGGGCCGGAAGGAUAGCGAGCUGCUUGCGAAAGCUUCUCGCAGCCUACAAACAGUUUUUGGGAGGUAUGCCAGGGUUUGGAUCCCUGAUCCAGAGGAGGUCUGGAAGUCAGCAGAACUUCUCAAAGAUUAUAAACCUGGAGAUAAGGUCCUCCAACUUCGACUUGAAGAGGGCAAGGACCUAGAAUAUUGCCUAGACCCGAAGACCAAGGAACUCCCGCCCUUGCGAAACCCUGACAUACUUGUUGGUGAAAAUGACCUCACAGCGCUCAGUUAUCUCCAUGAACCUGCUGUUUUACACAACCUCAAAGUUCGAUUUAUAGACUCCAAACUAAUCUAUACCUAUUGUGGUAUCGUCUUAGUGGCCAUAAAUCCUUAUGAACAGCUGCCUAUCUAUGGCGAAGAUAUCAUCAAUGCGUACAGUGGCCAAAAUAUGGGGGACAUGGAUCCACAUAUCUUUGCAGUGGCUGAAGAAGCGUAUAAGCAGAUGGCCAGAGAUGAGCGAAAUCAGUCAAUCAUUGUCAGUGGGGAAUCUGGAGCCGGGAAGACUGUCUCUGCUAAGUAUGCCAUGAGGUACUUUGCCACGGUCAGUGGAUCUGCCAGUGAAGCCAAUGUUGAGGAGAAAGUCUUGGCCUCCAACCCCAUCAUGGAGUCUAUUGGAAAUGCCAAAACUACGAGGAAUGACAACAGCAGUCGCUUUGGGAAAUACAUUGAAAUUGGUUUUGAUAAGAGGUAUCGAAUCAUUGGUGCUAACAUGAGAACUUACCUCUUGGAAAAAUCAAGAGUGGUGUUUCAGGCAGAAGAGGAGAGAAAUUACCACAUCUUUUACCAACUUUGUGCCUCUGCAGCAUUACCUGAGUUUAAAACUCUACGAUUAGGGAAUGCAAAUUAUUUUCACUAUACGAAGCAAGGUGGAAGCCCGGUGAUUGAUGGUGUCGAUGAUGCUAAGGAAAUGGUAAACACCAGGCAGGCCUGCACUUUGCUAGGGAUUAGUGAUUCCUACCAGAUGGGAAUUUUUCGAAUCCUUGCUGGCAUCCUUCACUUGGGCAACGUGGAGUUUGUAUCUCGGGAUUCUGACAGCUGCACUAUUCCUCCCAAGCAUGAACCCCUCACCAUCUUCUGCGACCUCAUGGGUGUGGAGUAUGAAGAGAUGGCCCAUUGGCUUUGCCAUAGGAAGCUUGCUACUGCCACCGAAACCUACAUCAAGCCAAUUUCUAAACUUCAUGCCAUCAAUGCCAGAGAUGCACUUGCCAAACAUAUCUAUGCUAAUCUCUUUAACUGGAUUGUGGAUCAUGUGAACAAAGCCCUUCACGCUACUGUAAAACAGCAUUCUUUCAUUGGAGUGUUGGACAUUUAUGGAUUUGAGACAUUCGAAAUCAACAGCUUUGAACAGUUCUGUAUCAACUAUGCCAACGAAAAACUGCAGCAGCAGUUCAAUAUGCAUGUCUUUAAGCUGGAACAAGAAGAAUAUAUGAAGGAACAAAUACCAUGGACCUUGAUUGAUUUCUACGACAAUCAGCCUUGCAUCAACCUCAUAGAGGCCAAAAUGGGAAUUCUGGAUCUGUUGGAUGAGGAGUGCAAGAUGCCAAAAGGCUCGGAUGACACUUGGGCCCAAAAACUAUACAAUACCCAUUUGAAUAAAUGUGCCCUCUUUGAAAAACCACGCUUGUCUAAUAAAGCUUUUAUCAUCAAGCACUUUGCUGACAAGGUGGAAUAUCAAUGUGAAGGCUUUUUGGAAAAGAAUAAAGACACAGUUUAUGAAGAACAAAUUAAGGUCCUAAAAUCAAGUAAGAAGUUUAAGCUGCUACCAGAGUUAUUCCAGGAUGAGGAGAAGGUCCUCAGUCCCACGUCAGCAACCCCUUCAGGGCGCGUGCCUUUGUCUCGAACGGCUGUAAAACCAGCCAAGGUCAGGCCAGGUCAAGCCAGCAAGGAGCAUAAGAAAACUGUGGGACAUCAGUUUCGAAACUCUCUUCAUCUGCUGAUGGAAACCCUGAAUGCUACAACUCCACACUACGUGCGCUGUAUUAAGCCUAACGACUUCAAGUUUCCGUUCACAUUUGAUGAAAAGCGGGCAGUGCAGCAGCUGAGAGCUUGUGGUGUCCUGGAGACCAUCCGAAUCAGUGCAGCUGGCUUCCCCUCCAGGUGGACGUACCAAGAGUUCUUCAGCCGCUACCGUGUUCUGAUGAAGCAGAGAGAUGUUCUUAGUGACCGAAAGCAGACGUGUAAAAAUGUCCUGGAGAAGCUGAUUCUGGACAAGGAUAAGUACCAGUUUGGUAAGACAAAAAUAUUUUUCCGGGCUGGUCAAGUAGCCUAUCUGGAAAAAAUAAGGGCAGAUAAGUUGAGAGCUGCCUGUAUCCGCAUCCAAAAGACGAUCCGAGGCUGGCUGAUGCGAAAGAAGUACGUGCGUAUGAGGAAGGCUGCCAUCACCAUUCAGAGAUAUGUCAGAGGGUACCAAGCACGAUGCUAUGCCAAGUUCCUGCGGAGAACACGGGCUGCCAUCACUAUUCAGAAGUUCCAGCGCAUGUAUGUGGUCCGCAAAAGAUACCAAUGCAUGCGAGCUGCUACUCUUGCUCUUCAGGCUCUCUUAAGAGGUUACAUGGCCAGAAACAAGUACCAAAUGAUGCUUCGGGAGCACAAGUCUAUUAUUAUUCAGAAACAUGUAAGAGGUUGGCUGGCUCGAGUGCACUACCGUAGGACCUUGAAGGCAAUUGUUUACUUGCAAUGCUGUUACCGGCGCAUGAUGGCCAAGAGGGAGCUAAAGAAACUGAAGAUAGAGGCCCGGUCUGUAGAACGCUACAAGAAGCUUCACAUUGGCUUGGAGAACAAGAUCAUGCAGCUGCAGCGAAAAAUUGAUGAGCAGAACAAAGAGUACAAAUUUCUGCUGGAGAAGCUGAGCAACCUGGAGAACACGUACAGUACGGAGACAGAGAAGCUGCGGAGUGAUGUGGAAAGGCUUCGGAUGAGUGAGGAGGAGGCUAAGAAUGCGACCAACCGUGUCCUCAGCCUUCAGGAGGAGAUUGCCAAGCUCCGGAAGGAGCUGCACCAAACUCAGUCUGAGAAGAAGACCAUUGAGGAAUGGGCAGACAAAUACAAACAUGAAACCGAGCAGCUGGUAUCGGAGCUGAAAGAGCAGAACACAUUACUGAAAACAGAAAAGGAGGAGCUGAACCGCCGCAUCCAUGACCAGGCGAGGGAGAUAACAGAAACGAUGGAAAAGAAGCUAGUGGAGGAAACGAAACAGCUAGAGCUAGAUCUGAAUGAUGAACGGUUGCGGUACCAAAACCUGCUGAAUGAGUUCAGCCGUCUAGAGGAGCGGUAUGAUGAUCUCAAGGAUGAAAUGAACUUAAUGGUGAACAUCCCCAAGCCUGGACACAAAAGAACGGAUUCAACUCACAGUAGCAAUGAAUCUGAAUAUACUUUUAGCUCUGAGAUCACAGAAGCAGAAGACUUACCAGUGAGGAUGGAGGAACCAAGUGAGAAAAAGGCACCAUUGGAUAUGUCUCUGUUCCUCAAGCUGCAGAAACGGGUUACGGAGCUGGAGCAAGAAAAGCAAUCCCUGCAGGAUGAACUGGACAGAAAGGAAGAACAGGCUCUCCGUGCUAAAGCUAAGGAGGAGGAAAGGCCUCCAAUAAGAGGUGCAGAGUUGGAGUAUGAGUCACUCAAGCGUCAAGAACUUGAAUCUGAGAAUAAAAAACUGAAGAAUGAGUUGAAUGAGCUGCAGAAGGCCCUCACAGAAACGCGAUCUCCAGAGGUAACUGCUCCUGGUGCCCCUGCGUAUAGAGUCCUCCUGGAUCAGCUGACUUCAGUAAGUGAAGAGCUUGAAGUACGCAAGGAAGAAGUCCUCAUCCUGAGGUCUCAGCUUGUUAGCCAAAAAGAGGCUAUUCAACCCAAGGAGGAUAAGAAUACCAUGACGGAUUCUACAAUCCUCUUGGAGGAUGUACAAAAGAUGAAAGACAAAGGAGAAAUAGCACAGGCGUAUAUUGGGCUGAAGGAAACAAACAGGCUGCUGGAGUCUCAGCUUCAGUCGCAGAAGAAGAGCCACGAGAAUGAACUGGAAUCGCUGCGAGGUGAGAUCCAAAGUCUGAAGGAAGAAAACAAUCGCCAGCAGCAGCUCCUAGCCCAGAAUCUGCAGCUGCCUCCAGAGGCCCGCAUUGAAGCCAGUCUACAGCAUGAGAUCACCCGGCUGACUAAUGAGAACUUGGAUUUAAUGGAGCAGCUUGAAAAGCAAGACAAAACUGUUCGCAAGUUAAAGAAACAGUUGAAAGUAUUUGCUAAGAAGAUUGGUGAACUUGAAGUGGGCCAGAUGGAGAACAUAUCACCUGGACAAAUCAUCGAUGAACCUAUUCGUCCAGUUAACAUUCCACGGAAAGAAAAGGACUUCCAAGGGAUGUUAGAAUAUAAGAAGGAGGAUGAACAAAAACUUGUCAAGAAUCUUAUUUUAGAGCUGAAACCACGUGGGGUAGCCGUCAACCUGAUUCCAGGACUACCAGCAUAUAUUUUGUUCAUGUGCGUACGCCAUGCGGAUUACCUUAAUGAUGACCAAAAAGUGCGGUCGUUGUUGACUUCCACUAUCAAUGGCAUCAAAAAAGUGUUGAAGAAAAGAGGUGAUGACUUUGAAACAGUGUCCUUCUGGCUAUCUAACACCUGCCGAUUUUUGCACUGUUUGAAGCAAUAUAGUGGAGAAGAGGGAUUUAUGAAGCAUAAUACACCUCGUCAAAAUGAACACUGCCUCACUAAUUUUGAUUUAGCUGAAUACAGACAAGUACUGAGUGACUUGGCUAUUCAGAUCUACCAACAACUUGUCCGAGUGUUGGAAAACAUUCUGCAACCAAUGAUUGUUUCAGGAAUGCUGGAGCAUGAGACUAUCCAAGGUGUCUCAGGGGUGAAACCAACAGGGCUGCGGAAGAGAACAUCCAGCAUUGCUGAUGAAGGAACCUACACUUUGGACUCCAUUAUUCGGCAGCUGAACUCUUUCCAUUCAGUGAUGUGUCAGCACGGAAUGGAUCCAGAGCUGAUCAAACAGGUUGUCAAGCAGAUGUUCUACAUCAUUGGGGCUGUAACACUUAAUAAUCUUCUCCUGCGCAAGGACAUGUGCUCAUGGAGCAAAGGAAUGCAGAUAAGAUACAAUGUGAGUCAACUGGAAGAAUGGCUACGUGAUAAAAAUUUGAUGAAUAGUGGGGCUAAGGAAACACUGGAACCCCUCAUCCAGGCUGCACAGUUGUUGCAAGUAAAAAAGAAAACGGAUGAAGAUGCAGAAGCCAUUUGUUCAAUGUGCAAUGCACUGACUACUGCCCAGAUUGUAAAAGUCCUGAAUUUGUACACUCCAGUUAAUGAGUUUGAAGAGAGAGUCUUGGUUUCAUUUAUACGUACAAUACAGAUGCGUCUGCGAGACCGGAAGGACUCUCCUCAGUUGCUCAUGGAUGCUAAACACAUCUUUCCUGUUACUUUUCCAUUUAAUCCAUCCUCUCUGGCAUUAGAAACCAUUCAGAUCCCAGCCAGCUUGGGCCUGGGCUUCAUAGCACGUGUCUGAUCCCAAGGAUGCACUGUCUGUGUUAGAUGGAGAAUCAGUUGCCCGAUAUCUUUACCCGUUAAAACAUAGUGAGCCACUGAAAACACAUUUUCUGAACAAACAGUCUAUAUAUGCCCAGAUCUGUAGUAAAAAUAGCUGGAAAACUACGUAACAGCACCACAGAUUGAAGACUAAUAGAAAGAUGUGCAUUUGUGUUCAGUCACUGCAUUUAUGAGGACAUCACUGAUCCAUACAUUUCCAGAAUAUGGAAAUCGGGCUUGGACAAAAAUUGUGUCUUCAGCUGUCUAGAGACAUUUUUAGAUAUUUAGUAACAUAUUUAAAUAGUGUAAAUUAAACUCCAUGUGUAAUCUUCUCAUAGGAAGGGACCAACAGGGACAGUCACAGUCCUGAACAUGGAAGACUUGAAAGUAAGGCAUUUUGUAGUAGAAUACACAGUCACUUGGGAGCCUGUUGCAUUUAAUUUGUAAAAACUGGAAUGGAGAAACACAAAGUGGCAAUAUAUAAAAUGAUUUCUUAAACCACUUCCUUAUUUAUGUCAGUUUGACAUAAAUUCUAGUGAUAAGUCUUAUAGCUCACUAUAUGCUGUAACUUAGGUGUUCAUUUGUUAGUACUGUGGUUUACCAAGCAUACUAAAUUGCUGCUGCAUAUUGUGUUCUUUUAAAUGUAUGACUAUCAUACUAGGCACUAAAAAUAAGAUACUUCAUUUUUCUGUUGUCAACCUUAUUUACAGUCCGAUGCAGUCUGUUAUUUUAACUGGAUUUUUGCAAAUGGUAUCAAAUAACACCUGUAGAGGAAAAUGGUAACUAAGCACAAGUAGCACACUGGAAAUUACAUGUUUAGUUAUUUUUAAAAGUAGUUAGCUAAAAAUACAGAAUCUUGAAGCAAAUGAUCAGAAGCCAAUAAUUACUUCAGUAUUUAUUUAGAUUUUGUAGUCUGUCUAAUGUUCUUCUUUGUUUGUAGACCCCAGAGAUGACAAGUGUGUAUUUUGAGUGUAAUCUCUUUUGGUUUGUUGCCACUUAAAAAAAAAAAGAAAAGAAGUAUUCUUUCAUACUGGAAUUUGAGGGGAAAAACUUUAAUAGAAAAUUUCUGCAGUAGCCCAAGGCUCUCAUUCUUUGAAAGGUUGACUAACAAGAACGUUAAGUAGGUUUUGACUAUGAUGCUGUCAUUUGACUAUGAUUCAUGCUGAUUUAACAGUUGGAGAUCCAGAGUGCAUAAUGAGAAACUGAGUUAUUUUGGAUAUUGCACAUCUUAUUGGAAAGAUUCUUCUGUCUCGCACAUCUUGGAUCUGCUAUAUAGAAU